AGUUCACCGCGGCUUACUAGUUGAAUGGAUGUCGCGGCGUUAGUGGCUUUUAAAUGGCGAUCUUAGCGUUUGCGGCGAUUCUCAGUAGCUUCCUGCGGGGUGGUAUCAGUUUAGGAACUGUACCGAGUAAUUUGUGGAAUAAUCUUAAUUGGCAGCAAGUUCUCGAGAAUUUGGAUCAGCGAAACGAAACAAAAUGCGAUCUUCAACUGCAGGCGUUCGUAGAUGGUUUGGCGAAUUUCAACAGUUUAUGGGCUAUUCGAAUGCUGGACGCCUGGGGCAAGCUGCCACCGGGAGUGCUCGAGGGCAAUCUCGUUGAAAUGGGUAAUUAUGAUCAGUGCCGAGGUAUUUCCUACGAUACCCAACAGGAAGCCGUUGGUGUAAUUCAAGGUCGAUACUGCUCUGUCAGUAUUCCGUUUGGUUUGAAUAUCAAACGAUCGUUCGAUAUGGAUGCCUUAGCUGGGAGAGCUGCUCAGCCCACCACGAGUUCGACAGGUUUUACUAUAGGAUCCUGUUUCCCGGACACUUGUGAAGCAGUUCAUUUGGAAGCUUUACUGAAGACUGCAAUUGGAAGUGUUUUACCCGUGGAAGGUUUAAAGCUAUCUUGUGAAAAGCCUAUCCCGCCAAUGGGAGCCAAAGAAAUAGCCGCAAUAGUAAUAUUCAGUCUAGUCGCAGUACUUGUAAUCCUCAGCACAAUUUACGAAAUUGUUGCCUUGAGGACCUCUCGUGAACCAAACCGUUCUCUGGCGAUGGGUUCACUCUACUCGAACGGUAUAAAUCUCCUCAAAAUGUCAAUUGGUUCAAAAACGGCAGCUGGUGCGAAAUCAAGCACAAUCGAGUGUUUGAAUGGAAUACGCGUGAUUUCGAUGGUUUGGGUUGUAUUCUGUCACAACUAUUUGAUGUUGCUGUCAGCUCCGAACAGCAACCCAACUGCUAUGCUUGAUUGGAUAAAAUCCUACCAUAGCGUGUUGGUGAUCUCUGGGACGGUUUCAGUGGACUCGUUUUUUCUCUUGAGUGGAAUGCUGAUUUGUUGGAGUAUGUUGAAGGAAUUGGAUAAAAAUCGAUACCUGAACCUUCCUUUGAUGUACUUUCAUCGGUAUCUACGUCUGACGCCGGCUUUAGCCGCUGUAGUUUUGUUCACGGCAACGCUCAUGAAGUACAUUGGUUCGGGGCCACUUUGGAAUUCUUCUAUGACUAUGCAGGAAGUAGCAUGCGACAAUUAUUGGUGGUCGGCGUUGCUGUAUGUCCAGAACUACGUUAACCCGAAGAAGAUCUGUAUUGGACAUUCGUGGUACUUAUCGGUCGAUAUGCAGCUUUACAUAUUAUCACCCCUUAUAAUCUAUCCGUUGUGGAGGUGGGGUCGGAAAAUUCUAAUCGCUGUUGUGUGUUUGGUGCUGCUGUCUAUGGGUUGUGUCAUAGCAACAUUUUUAGUAAAUGAUUUGCGUCUAGCUUUCAUGGGUGGCGCUAGUAGUGACCGAAUGAAACUCACCUACUUUCCAACGCAUACCCGGAUGGGCGCCUGGUUGAUUGGAGUGAUCCUAGGAUAUAUUCUGCAUCACACAAAGAACCGUCGAGUACUGCUUCCCAAGGCCAUUGUGGCCUUCGGUUGGCUUAUUUCAGUAGGCAUUUUGCUGCUUGUUCUGUUUACGAAUCAUCCACUACAGCAACCAGGAAGCUAUGCCGAAAUUUCAGUCGCCGUGAAUGCCAUCUACGAGUCGUUCAGUCGUGUUACGUGGGCAUGCGCUCUAGGCUGGAUAGUUUUCGCCUGCGUCAACGGUUAUGGAGGCCCAAUCAACACCUUCCUAAGCUUGCCAGUUUGGCAGCCGCUAGGUCGACUGUCGUAUAGUAUUUAUCUGCUUCACUUCCAGCUGCAGAUAAUGCUGGCUGGGUCACGACGAAACACGGCCCAUUUCGGGGAUAUUGAGGCUGUACACAAUUUCUGGGGUGACUUUGGGCUGACAGUAACGCUCGCUGUGUUGUGGAGUUUGGUAUUCGAAUCACCGAUUGUUGGAUUAGAAAAAUUGUUAUUCGGAUCGGCGAGGACACCCGCUUCAAAAGAGCAGCUGGUCGUUAAAGAAUCGCGGGAAGAUCUCAGCAGCAGCUCGGUGACAAACAAAACUGAUCUCGCGUGAUAAAUGAGAGGGGAAGAUUCAUUUAGUUCACUCCAGAACAUAUAUUUAUUUAUUGUUUUGCAUGUACAUCGGAAGUAUUUUGUAGUGAUAUAUAAAGACGAGCUCUUAGUAGCUCUACUACAUUACUAGUUAGUAAUGUAGAAAUAUUUUAUUGCAUAAAAAGACGAAUAUUCAUUUGUUUGACAGUAGCAUGAUCUUACGAUCAUAAAAGUGAAAAAGAGAUUUAUGAACAAUUUCAUCGGCAAGUUAGCACGCCAGAAUCGAAGAUGAACCAAAACACUAGUGAGAAAAGCAGUUGUCAAAAAUUAACUGAACAUUCAAAAUAGCCGUACUUGUCAGCAUAAGUGAGAGACAUGAGUACCAACAUAAUGCCACAAAAAAAAUCUAGAAUCGACGUAACCCGCGUAAAUUCGAAAGUCGCGAUAUUUUUUUGAACAGACCUCGAAUAACAAUCUGAGGCUUAAGUACUCUUUGUUCAACAGUUUUUGCAAUGCAACAAACAUAUUGAAAGAUUGCGAUACAGAUUUUUGAAAGAUUUGAGAAUAACUGUGACAAAAAUUAGACCGCUAGCAGUAUUUCAUGAAUGCCCUCAUAGAUUCAAUGACAUAAUUUCUGUUGCUUUUUGGAGUAUAUUUUGCCCCAGAUCAAGAGAUUGAAUUGUUUGUUCCAGGUUGAGAAGCCUGAAUUCACGAUGCUAAAUGAAGAUUUUUAUCUAACCAUUCUCACUAAUAUCUAAUCUGACGUUGUUGUCCAACGCUACUGAAUUUGAAGAUCAUUUGAAAAGUGACAAGAAUAUUUAUGUUGGAAUGGCAGCAGAAGAAGCUAUCAGAACAAUGAACAGCGAAGGAAGAUAAUUUUUAAGGAUAUUUGAAGCAGUUUUUCCGUCGAGCUGAUCAAGGAAAUGAGAAAAAGAUUCGAUUUUAAUGAUGCAACACUCAAGGUUCCUGCAAUGUUAACACCAAGAAAUUUUUCCAAUUUAACAAGCAUCAACGUUGUAUAGGAUGCGUUUUAAAGGUUCUUCAAUGGGAUUUUACAAAAUCAGGAGAACGAAUAUCAUGCCCUAAUAGUGAAAAUGGACCUAAAAGAACUAAUGGUUCGCUCGCAUUUCCGGCGCUUCGAUGCCUUCUUUCUAACGAUCUCACUGUGCCUUACUUCUCGGCAUACGUGGGGUGAUUAUUUUCUGAACGUAAUCAGAACAAGAAUAAGCUUCGGAAUCGGCACAGCAACGACACGAUGAGCGCAAUUUUAAGAUAAAAAGAUUUGAUUGAACAUCGUGGCAGCAGAUCGAAAAUUUUAUUGCAAUCUAAAUUCAGAAAGACUAUGUAUGAGCAUCAUCGAACGUACAAGUGAU